AUGAAUCAAAUAACAAAUUUUAUAUUUGAUUUUAAUGGAACAUUAUUUGAUGAUACAAACAUCAACUAUUUAGCAUGGAAAUAUUCCUUUGAAAAAAGAGGAAUUUAUUUAACAAAAGAGAGUUAUUUAAAAGAGCACAUUGGAAAAUCAAGUAAACAAACGAUAAUUGACAUAAUGAAAACAAAUAACACAAAUUUAAUAUCAGACAUUUUAAACGAUAAAAACAAAUAUUUAAUAACAAUUUUUGAAAAAGGAGUUUCAUUACAAAAAGGAGCAGAACAAUUAUUAAAUUAUUUAAAAAAUAAUUCAAAUAAAUAUCAUUAUGUUAUUGCUUCUAUGGCUUCAAAAAAUACUAUGAAAUUAUAUUUUAAAUAUUUACAUCUUGAAAAAUGGUUUAGUAUCGAUCAAAUUAUUCUUUAUGAUAAGUCAUGUUUACCUAAACCAAAUCCAGAAUUAUUUAUUAAAGCAAUGAAUAAACUUAAUGCCUCAACUCAAAAUACUGUUAUUUUUGAAGAUUCUUUGGCAGGUUUAAAAGCAGCACAAGCGACUCAUGUUAAUUUAGUCAUUGCAAUUAAUUAUCAGUCUCAAUUAAUAGAAGCUCAAUCAUUAGGAAUUCAUCAUUCUUUUAAUGAUUUUUCAUCUAAAAAAUUACAAAUUUUAUUAUUUGGAACUGAAACAUAUUAA